GGCCGUGUAGAGGCGGAGUUUGCUCUGCUGCUGUCGACGUACAUGCAGCAGGCAGUGGGCAUCAGGCUGGUCCAUCUCAUCCUGACUGCAACACAGGACCAACAUUAUCCUCCUACCAUCCACCUUUGACAAGGACAAGCCCUCCCCAAAAACACAAGGACAGAACAACAAUCUUUCAUUUAAAAAAGAAAUCGCAUCGAAAGCGGCAAGAUGCUGGCCUGUACAGAGAUGAUCACAAUGUGUCUUCAGUCUGCAAAGCACGAACACUUGAGGAAACAGCUUGACCACAACCAAAAUCAAGGCAUCUCUCAUUUUCAUGAUAUAUUCCGCCGGGCAGACAAAAAUGACGAUGGGAAGCUGUCCUUGGAGGAGUUCCAGUCAUACUUCACUGACGGUGUCCUCACUGACGACCAGAUGCAGGAGCUGUAUUGCUCUAUUGACAGGCAACACACAGACAACCUGGACAUAGACAAACUCUCAGAGUACUUCACUCCACAUCUGGGGGAAUACGUCAAUGUGUUGUCUGCUCUGGAGAAGCUGAAUGUGGCCAUUUUGAAGGCCAUGGAUAAAACUAAAGAGGAGUAUCAGGGUUCAUCAGUGCUGGAUCAGUUUGUGACACGCUUUCUGCUGAGGGAGACUUCCACCCAGCUGCAGUCCCUUCAGUCAUCACUGGACUGCGCUAUGGAGGCAGUUCAUGACCAGGGCUGUUCUGGGAGGAGGAUACUGAAGAAGCCUGAAGACCUGCCUAUCCAGAGGGUGGCCAAACGCACCGGCCGACGCAUCCAGAAGAACAUGUGUCUCUCCCCUACUGACCCCUACUCUGGCAUGCUCACCACAGGGGUCAGCGUGGAGCCAGACAACCACUGGGGCUCCCAGAUCAACCAACUGGAGCAGCUCAUAGACAAACUGGAAUGUGAGAGUCCACAUCUUGAACCUCUUAAAGAGGACACAUUGGCAGGGACAUAUAAAUCGAACAUACUUCUGGUCCAAAGACAAAUGUCCGUGAAGGAGAAGGAUGUGGAGCAGUUUCAACAAGCUCUUAAAAUCUACACAGAUACCACCAGCAGCCAGCUAAACAACCUGCACGUUUCAGUCCAGAACCUGCCAGACAGAUCAUGCUUCAUCAUGUACGAGUUUUGGCAGGAUCGUCUCUCCUGGAUGAGCUACCUGCAGUCGCCCAUCAGUAAGACCUUCCAGCGCUGCAUUAUCGACUCACUGGAAGAGCCGGAGAUGGUCUCCACCAUGCUCCUCCCAGCCUCUUGGUGGAUUAUGAACAACAACUGACAGGGGAAAGCAGCUGCUGCUAUUCAACACAAUAAAAGCAGGAGGAAGAGCUGAUUGUGUAAUUGUUUUAUAUUUUUUGUUCUUUGAUAUCCAUUUUUUUCCUUAUGGCAUGACUAGGAUUUUUGCAAAGCGAUAGCUCUCAGGUUAUAAAAAAGAAGACUGCUUAGAUAAAUCAGUCAAGAGUGCAACAAAUUAAAACCUUGGAGAGAAACAAUUGAAGGCAAUGCAAUAUUUUAUUGUGUGAUCAGGAUUUGUGCCAACAUACAUUUAUAAGCACAUUUAUUGUUUCUGAUUUAAUAAAAAGAAUAGAAAGAUUUGCAUGAUUUCUUAUUUAUCACUGGUAGUUUAUUUCAAUCAGAACUACAUCUUAGAAUAGAUAUAAUGUCACUGAUGCCACAAAAAUAGAAACACAUCAAUGAUCUGUCCAUCCAUCACUAUCCAUCACUCAUUCUUCAGUACAGACAAAAACAUAAUAAGUGGUAGGGUUAACCUGCAUUUCCCCUUGUUCUCUCUGUGGUAUUGUACUUUGUUGUCGCCUUCAAAGCUUUGCUACCAAAUGUCUUUUUGCUGAUGGGUUAGACAGCCAAUAGAUAAAACAUAGUAAUGAACGAUUAUGGUCCGCAUCUAAACUUGUAUCGUCACGAGUGUGUCACUCCUGCACUUUAGAAAAAACCUGGACCUAAUUGUGAAGAAUGGGUGUUUAUUGUAGAUUGUCUAUUAUAAAUGUAGAAUUAACUGCUGUUAUAACAAGCCAAGAGCUGCACUAAAGUGUAGUGAGAAAUUAGCGGAUGCUAACAAUUAAACAAAUAAGUCUGCAGUUUGCCUGUACUAUCACUCUAGAAAUUAAGCUCAAAGCCCUUGUUAUACAUUUGCAGUGUAAACUGUACAGUGCACACACACAUAGAAGUUUAUAUUUUGAGUACAGAUAUUAAGCAGAAACUGUUGGGUGUAAUGUAAUUAGACAGAAGGUCAACUGAGAUUGUGUACAGCUAGUUAAUGAAAGCUGUAAGAUGUUAGAUAUUGUUGUAGAACAUUGGUAAAUGUAUAGUAUGAUAGUAUAAUGAGCUGUGGUUGAUCCGAUAAUGUGAGGAACGAAUGUGUUCACCCUUUUUUAGUGUUUUAUCAUUUAUUUUAUGAAGAAUAUACAGUUGUUAUGUGGAUGCUAUGUUUGUUUUCUGGCAUGAAAUAAAGUUCAUGACUUGUUGAUGAAAUUAAA